UCGAGCUUGCGUGGUCUCCGGCCAAAUGGCGCAAGAGUCGAAAAACUCGUGCUUUGAUUUUGCUCUGGCUGGUGAUGGGAGCUGGGCUGGUGCAGUGGGACAAGAGUUGGCCUCUGCUGUGGCUCGGACUGGGCACGGACUGGGCAAUCCUACACCGCAGGUGAUGAGUGAUGAUAUGAAAGACAAGGCAAUCACCAAGCCUCCCUCCUCCGACACUGGCGUGAAAGCAAAAAUCAGAUCUCAACAUCUGCACUUUCCACUGAUUAAAGACAGAUCAAAGAAAAAGAGGUUGUGAAACCUGAAGGCUGACAGCAGGGCUCAAUGAGGCACGACAUGUGCUUGCAGCCCGCGUUAGGACUGCCGGGCAGUGAUUUCUUAGCCUCGCAGGAGCAGGAAAUCCACCUGACAGCCCCGUGCAUGAAAAGUAUCUUUGUCCUUUAAUUGGGAAGUCGGUCGCGCAGCCCGGCGAGCGCUAAUCACCCUCCGGAGAGGUUGUUCAUCUCCAAGGAGGAGCAACACCCAAACUGAAGGGAAAUACAUUGUGCAGAAAAUUAGGAAAACUCCUUUUUUUCUUUGGAGAAGCUGAUUUCCUUCGGCAAGUGGGGGACGGUGGAGAAAAUGAAGCCGAGUCUGCGAUUUUUCUUAGCUGGUUUUCUGUCUUUGAUUCUGCAGACGGGGCUUUGCUAUGGGAUAAAAUGGAUAGCUCUGUCCAAGACUCCGUCGGCUUUGGCCCUAAAUCAAACCCAGCACUGCAAGCAGCUUGAAGGCUUGGUGGUUUCCCAGGUGCAGCUGUGCCGCAGCAACCUGGAGCUAAUGCAGACCAUCAUCCAGGCGGCACGGGAAGUGAUAAAGACCUGCCGUAAAACUUUCUCAGACAUGCGCUGGAACUGUUCUUCCAUUGAGCUGGCUCCUAACUACCUGCUGGACUUAGAGAGAGGCACAAGGGAGUCAGCAUUUGUGUAUGCCCUUUCUGCUGCUGCCAUCAGCCACACCAUUGCCAGAGCCUGCACCACCGGGGACCUCCCUGGCUGUUCCUGUGGUCCCAUCCCAGGUGAGACACCUGGACCUGGGUAUCGAUGGGGAGGAUGUGCAGACAACCUCAACUAUGGUCUUAUCAUGGGGUCCAAAUUUUCAGAUGCUCCCAUGAAGAUGAAAAAAUCAGGAUCACAAGCCAAUAAACUGAUGCAUCUGCACAACAGUGAAGUAGGGAGACAGGUCUUGAAAGCCUCUCUUGAAAUGAAAUGUAAGUGCCAUGGAGUUUCUGGGUCAUGCUCUAUCAAGACCUGUUGGAAAGGCCUUCAAGAGCUGCGAGACAUUGCACUGGACCUCAAAAACAAGUAUUUAUCAGCCACCAAGGUUGUUCACCGGCCCAUGGGCACACGCAAAUACCUCGUGCCAAAGGAUAUUGAUAUCAGGCCAGUUAAAGAGACAGAGCUGAUUUACCUGCAGAGCUCGCCCGAUUUCUGUAUGAAGAACGAAAAAGUGGGGUCGCACGGGACCCAGGACAGGCAAUGCAAUAAGACCUCCAAUGGGAGCGACAGCUGCGACUUGAUGUGCUGCGGCAGAGGCUACAACCCCUACAUGGACAAAGUGGUGGAGCGAUGCCACUGCAAGUACCACUGGUGCUGCUACGUCACCUGUAAAAAGUGCGAGAGGACUGUCGAGAGAUAUGUGUGCAAAUGAAAACCCUCCUCUCUCCACCUGGGAGCUGAGACGCCGGCGGCACCCCAGCACUAUUCAGAGAAGAGAAAACCUUUCCUUGACUAGACGUCGUUUAUCUUGUAAAGACACAGACUUGAAGAAAGAUGGUAGGAGGGAAAAAAAGCAAUCCCACCGGUAAAAAUAAGACCCUUAAAAAAACCCAGCCAAACCCACAAAUGUUUCCCCCCACCAAUAAAAUGCUCUCUGAGAAGACAAAAACUCAUUUGGGAUGGUAUCUUCUUCCAAAAUAUUUCCUAUGGUUGCCAAUGACGUCCAGCCAUCAAGUGCCUUAGUAUUUUGAGAAACAAAAAUAGAAACUUUGCCCAGGGAAGAAAAGCACCUCUGGUUUGAAAAUAACUAAGGCUCACACCUGCCUAUGCCUUCUAGCACAGGUACUGAGUCUGCAUUAGGACCAUCCCAGAAGGGAAAACGCUACAACUUUUCAGCAAUAACUGCUUUUGUUGCCAAAGACUUUAUUUUUAGCAGGGAAGCAUCCACUCCGGAUGAUAAAGGUGGAAAGAUUUCAGGUCAACCCCCUGAAAUGAACAACUCAUUUUAACCUUUCUUUUACACAGGUCUGUGACUUUGAAGUUACCUACUGCUGCAGGAAAAGCUGUCCUUGAUUUGUCCAGGCUGGACGGGGUUUCAAAUUCAGCCACGCAAAAAAUCCCCUGGGAUCCCGGAGGCAGUGAGAGUAGGGUACCUUGAGAAGGACUUUAUGGGGUCCACCGGAUAGUAGUGGAGCCUUUAAGAUAAAAAACCAAAGUGGACUCAAAAUCCAGUGGAAAAGUAAAAAAAAAAAAAGGCUCCUGCUCUCUUUCUCUCUUGCCCUUUGAGUGUGAUGGCCUUAGCCACCAAUGUUCUGCCACAUUGGGCCAUCAGAUCCUUAGGGAAAUAUGCUGCCGCCUCUUUCCCCCAGCAAAACCGUUGACGCAGCCCCAAGAAACUGCAGAGAGCGGAGCGAGUCUGGUCCUGGCUGUAGGGAGUGCAGCCAUGCAGGGCAGCAGCUAUUCCCAGCAGAAAAGAAUGGGAACGUGUCAGUCCUUCACGUGGCCCUGCCCUGACACAGCAGAGAACCACUAUCUGUGGCUGUACAUAUUUUCUUUUGUAUGCAGACAUACAGAAAUAUUUAUAAGAUAUAUCUUGCGCUUUUGUCUACUCUACUUCCUACAUAAAUAUAUCUAUAUAUUAUAAACAAGCAUUAACAAUAGUAUGAAAUAAAUGCUGAAGUUACUGGUGCAACAGCAAAAUGUUAGAUUAUUAUGUUUCACUCUCCUACUUGGAAAGCAACCCUGAUUUUCCUCCCAAGGACGGGAGAAGAGCAUGGCUCGAGGCACUCACUGGCGUGGGAUAGAUAAGUUCUUUUAUUCCCUGUCUCCCCAGCCUCUUCAUUUUAAGCAGAAUUAGCCAAGAUACAGUCAAGACAAUGAAACGGAGCACUUGGACAAAGGAAGAGUCACCGUUCUUGUUUUGCUUUUUAUAUCAGCAAUCACUCUCAUCGGUAAAAUAUCCCAGCGCCCCCAAGGAGCUUCAUAACAAACGUGACUAAUACCUCUCAUGGGUAGUUUGCUCCUCGCUCCUGCACGUGGAGAGGAGUUGCUGUGCAGGGGAGGUUUUAGCUCAGGUUAGGUUCCCUUUCUUGCUCUUUUUUUUUGCAGUGGGCAUCCAGCUCUGUGUCCCUGUUAGGAAAGGUGAUGUUGGAGAAGGAUGUCUUCUCCAGGAGCAGAAGGCAGCAGAGCCUUUGAGGUCCUUCAGACCAUUUUGGGGAACCCCAUUCCCCAAGAGAAGCACUGUAAGCAGCCAGAAAAUCACUCCUACACAAAUGUGGGCAGACAGCGGCACUUUCCUAGGGGGAAAUAUGUCCAUAACACCAACAGUCUUCCUCCAGAUCCCUUUUUUCCCCCACCCAGCCGCUCUCUAGGAAGCAACUGCCUCUGACACGUCUCUGAGCAGUCCUAGAGAGCUGGAGGAGAAAAGCAUCAUGGGCUAUAGAGCAAAAUUACAGAUAUUUUGUUCUCAGCUAUUUUGCUUUGCUGUAACUGGUUUGGGCUCCUCGCCUCCUUCCCUCCCCCAGCCACAAGCAGGCAAAAUGAGGCCUUUGGUAGUUUGUCAGUGGUUUGUGUUAUUGUCACCCCAUAAAAGCUGGUGGACUAAAACAUCUUCUCAGUGCGGUGUGAUGAGCAGUGGGUGUCUUUAGGCUGACAUGCAGACAGGCUGGUGGCACAAAUCCCACUGCUCUCCAAAGCCAGAAUUUGGCUUCGUUUGAUAUGUAAAGAAACGUUCUACUUUCAUUCUUUUAAGGAAUUUUAUUUUUAUUUCCAGUUUCUGAUGAAGCCAACAAGGCAGGGAUGUUCUGACUGAAGAAAAAUUUGAGCAUUUCAAUGCUAUUCUGUAAUGACUCUUUUUCUUGCUCCCUUGCUGAUGUCCCGAGUCUUUCUGCUUGGCGAAAAAAUAGCGAGAUGGAAGAAAUGCUCUAUAUGCACAUUGUUUUCAGCUGCAUUUCACUCCUGCGGUGUCAGACCCAUGUUCCUCAGCUGGUUUUCUUAUGUCAGAAGAAACCAUAACUUUGCAGAGCACGAAAAGAUGUGAGGAAGCCUGCCAGGCAACUGCAGGUCCACCAGGUGGGGAACGACCCCUCAGCAGACCUUUAGCCACAGCAGUACUUCACGCUUUGUGUCUGCCUCUGCCCACAGCUAUCUGUUACUGAAGAUGUUGAACUGAAAUGGCUUCAGUGUUUGGAGGUUUGCAGUUUGGGGCAUCCAGGCUCAAAAUCUCUGCUGGCUCCUCUAGAUCAUGGGCUUCAUCUGAAUUUUGCUUUUUUGAGCUAAGGGUCCGUGUGGCCUCAGCCCAUGCCCUGCGCUGUCGGUCUAUGAAUUAACACCAUUACACCACUUUUUUCCAUAACUCCUCAGUUUCAGUGUCCUUCUCUGGAGCGGCUGCAUGCGGUAUUAGCAAUGUGCCCAGGGUGAUGUGCCUUGCUGAGACAAGAGUCAUGCACAGGGCAAGGUCUGAUCAGCUGCAGCCUCCCUUGUUACACAGCCCUGCCUCCUCCAGCAAAUUAGGGUCAUCUCCCUCCUGAUGGUGUGGCAUUUUCUAAUUUUUUCAGAAAAUUACUUUCUAUGAGAGGGAGGCAGUGCUUUCUGUUUUCUUUUCCUUAUAAUACAAACUAGGAGUAAAGAGUCUAUAACAUGGGUCCAUACUGGUGGAAUGACCCGUGGCACUUCUUGCUCCUUGCAGCCUGGCUCUGAUGCUUUCCUCCUGGCAUCAGCAGCAAAGCGCAGAGGGGAACAAAGUGUCUUUGUUCUCAAUUGCAAUCAUAGAAUCACAGAAUGAUUUGGGUUGGAAGGGACCUUAAAGACCAUCUCGUUCCAACCCCCCUGCCAUGGGCAGGGACACCUUCCACUAGACCAGGUUGCUCAAAGCCCCAUCCAACCUGGCCUUGAACACUGCCAGGGAUGGGGCAGCCACAGCUUCCAUGGGCAACCUGUGCCAGUGUCUCACCACCCUCACAGGGAAGAAUUUCUUCCUUAUAU